GUGGGAGUGGCGCCUGGCGGAGACACUGGUGCGGACGUCGGCUCCACGUUGGAGCCCGAGGUCGUCGUUGAGAACAGCGGCGUCGACGAUGUCGUUGAUGUGCCGUCGGGGGAGGGGCCGCAGAGCGAGGAGCAUGCCGUGCGCCUUCGUGUCGAGGGAGAUGCCGCUCCCGUUGAUGCGGAGGCGCCAGGCGCGGCCGCCAUCCCUCCCGCGGGGCCCCUGAGGGGGGUAACUUCCACAGAUGCGGUGGAGACGGGCGCGGGCGCUCGUGGCGGAAGUGCUGGCGCGGACGUCGGUGCGUUGCUGCGCGGGCUCCGGACGGCGAUGGCGGCAGCCACUCCUGCCCCGACGGACGCCGAGCG